AUGAUAAGUCUAACUCUAAAAUGGUGGGAAAUCGAGUGCAGCGCUCGCUUGUCUGCGGUUUUGAGUUUCGGCGCCCACUUCUCCAGCUGGUUUGGCGCCCUCACCGAGCGGCGCUCAACUUGCCGCCUCUCGAAAUUGGCCCAACGCCUUGGUCAGAUGGAGGAACAACAGAAAUCUCCACCACAGUCGGAAUCAGAAAAGCCCUCUACGGUGUACUGCCCCCCGUCAUCUCCGACACCGAUUUGUCCUAUUCUGGCUGUUGUCUCUUAUUCCAAGCCGUCGACGGUUAGACACAGUCAGCGAGGUGGUCGACCUAUGGACCCAUGGUCGGUUAGCGAGCUGUCAUUCUUCAGGGGUAUAUUGGAGGUGCUGAUAUUACCCGUUCAAUCACAUCCUAUCGCUAUACCAACCACGGACCCAGCUACGGGCCCAACUCGCGCUUCUUCUACACACGCAACUCUAACAGCUCCUUGA